AUGGGAGGUAAUGUUUAUGCUGUCUCUUUUGAUCUUGAUUACAGAAAGAGGAAAUUUGGAGAUAUUGACGAUGUAGUUCCUCAUAAACAUAUCAUGAGGAAGAAAAGACAAAUUACUCCUGCCAAAGUCAAACCUUCCACGAGAAGAAGAACCCGGAACCUUACCCCCAACACCAGCACCAUCAGCUCUUAUUCUGUCGAGAGCGCCACAAGUAGAAAAGACGAAGAAUCCUCUCCCACGACUCCAACAGUAACAACUCCCCAGGAUAGAUCCACACUAAGGGAGGAACAAAGAAGGAGAAGAUUUAAUGAGAAAGAUUUAACAGAGAAAAAGAAGGAGAAUGAGGAAGAUUUUGAGGUGAAUGAGCAAGAUUUGGAUAAGGUGAAUGUGUAUAUUGAGUAUUGGAAUGAUGAUAAAUUUGAGGAUGGGGAGAAAGACAAUGAUGGGUUUGUGGAGGAGAACAAAAAUAAUGAUGUGUGUAUUGAGGAUUUGUUGAUUCAUGAUAAUAUUGAGGAUGGGGAGAAAGACGAUGUUGGGCCUGUGGAGGAGAAGAAAGAUGGAGAUCGUGAUUUGUUGACUGAUCAUAAUAUUAAGGCUGAUGUGGUUGAUGGGAAAUCCAAUGUUGGGAAUGUUGAGGAAGCUGAUGUUUUUGUGGAGGAGAAUGUGGAGGAGAAUGUGGAAGAGAAUGUGGAGGAGAAGGUGGAGGAGAAGGUGGACGAUGAUUUCAUUGUGCAGAAGGGUAAGAAGGUGGUGCAGAAGGGUAAGAAUGUGGUGCAGAAGAGAAGAAGGUGGUGCAAAAGGGAAGAAGGUGGUGCAUAA